AUGUUAUGUGCAAAGUGUAACAAUGCCGUCACGGAUUUUGCGUCGUGUAGCCUGUGUGAGGGUAAUUUUCACUAUGGAUGUGCUGGCGUUACGGAGUCCGGUUACAGAAGAAUGGGACUUGAAAAGAAAGCUGCAUGGCGUUGUAUGUCUUGUCGCACCAAGUCUACUGAAACAGGAGGAUCUGCGAUAGCUGAAGUAUUGAAAGAAAUACGAAAUCUUCGCGUGGAUUUCAAUGCAAUGAAAAUGGACUUUGGAAACGUUCAAGCGGACAUUCGUAGUACAAAGACAUCUAUGCAAGAACUUAACACUAAAUGGAAUAAAAUGGAGAGCCGGUUUUCUGGUAUUGAGGAUAGAUUACUAACUGCUGAAACUAAAUUAUCGAGUUUGACAAGUAUUCAAAAGGAGUAUUGGAAUUGA